AUGAUUUCUCAACAACAACAUUCCACAGAUCAUUUAAAAUAUAGUCACAAUCAGAUGCUUGAGUUGAAACAUUACUUGCCUUAUGAGAAUUCAAUUGCCUCUUUCAUCACUUUGCCAAAAGCAUCUGUUUAUUCAAGAGUUAAGAGCGUGAAGGAUGCUGGUUUUGAUAGUUUUGAAUUGAUGGAAAAUGACUUGCCAGAUAUCAUGGAUGAUCUACCAAGAUUUAAAAAAUAUUUGGAUGAUAUUGGAUUGAAAAUUUCUAUAUUUCAACCAUUUAGAGAUCUUGAAGGUUCUUGGAAUGGAUUUGAGAAUCGAUUGGCUAGUUUCUCUAAAAGACUUGAUGUUAUGAAGGUAUUGGAUAUUGAUCUCAUAUUGGUUUGUUCGAAUUGUCAGCUUCCAAAAUCCGAAAUCCCACAGAGCGCCUUUGUUGAACAAUUACAAAUAGCUAGUGAUUUGGCUCUUGGUAAAGGAAUAAAGAUUGCUUAUGAGGCUUUGUCAUGGGGUACUUACAUCAGCAAAUUUGAGCAGAAUUGGGAAAUUGUCAAACUCGUGAAUAGACCAAAUCUUGGGAUUUGUAUUGAUUCAUUUCAUUUGUUCAUUCAUGGUUCCAAGCUGGAUAUCAUUGAUGAAAUGGCUGGUAAGAUUUUCUUUGUUCAACUUAGUGAUUCAAUGAAAUUGAAAAUGCCAAAGCUAAUUGACCAUGCAAGAAACUUUAGAUAUCUACCAGGCCAAGGCUCUUUUGAUAUUGCUGAGCUGGUGAAAAAGAUUCAUGAUGUUGGUUAUGAUGGACCAAUGUCUCUCGAAUGCUUUUGUCGUCCUUUUAAGUCUUUUAAUGACCUUGGUUAUGUUUCUAGAGAAGCAUUGGCUUCUCUAUACAACGUGCAGUUGGAUUUGAUUAAAGAUGGUGGUAUCCAAGCUGAUAUUCCAAGACAAUUGAAUUUUCAAAACUGUCAUGUCAAAGGCUUCAAAAGCUCAAGGCAACACAUUGUAUUCAAGAAUCCAAAUGCAGAUUUAGAUCUUGAGAUCUUGGUAACCCCAGCUGACACAUUCAAGACUAGACACUAUCUAUUUCAAUAUGGCAUGUUUUUGGAUUGUUUUAAGGAAUAUGAACCAUUGGAUAAAGAUAUACGGAAAUCCAUAACCUUUCAUUGCAGCAGAUUAACUUUCAAUAGUCUGUUGAUUUACAUCAAGAGUGUUUUGGGAUUAAAAGAAGAGAACAACAAAAACAGCUACUUUGGAUUACCAGAAUACAAAACAUUCACUAAUGGUGUUGUAUCUAUUAAUUUGGAGUGUGAUGAUAAUCAAAUGCCUUUGAAGAGCUUUUUUUAG